UACUAAAAGUGUGCGGGCAGACUGGUGGUGCUGGGAAGACGCUGAGCGACUUCUUGAGGAGAUCAAACAUGGGAGUGUGCGAUGAACAAGGGGCGUCCAUCCAGGAGCCACAAUCCAUCCAGGAGCCACAAUCCCAACACAUGGCGAUCAAGGAUGGCUCCGCCCGGCCUCCUCGCCGCAUGUCAGCAGCACCUCAGCAGAGCGAGCUUCCGCCAAACAACGUCUGCGCGGACACAAUGUUUAUGGUGGGUGGAUGGACCAAGGACGACCCCUCAUGUCCGGUGGAGCAGUUCUCUCUUGAGUACAACGAGUGGAGGACAGCAGCUCGCGUGGUCAACCAACGAGGCAACAUGGCCGUAGGCACCCUGGACGGCAAGAUCUACGCUGUGGGUGGAGAGGACAACGUGCGGUGUUACAACAAUGUAGAGAGGUACGACCCAGACACCGACAGCUGGAGUGCAGAUGUAGCACCCUUGAGCAGCCCCCGCAGUGGAGUGUGCGUGGUGGCCAUGGACGGAUACUUGUACGCCAUUGGAGGACAUGAUGGUAUUACUGCCAUGAACACAGUGGAGAGGUACGAUCCAAAAAUGAACGCAUGGAGCAAGCAGGUGCCGAUGCUGACGAGACGCACCAGAGCUGCCGUGGCCAUGUUGGAUGAUCACCUGUAUGUGAUCGGAGGCAACGAUGGAGAUCUGACGCUCAACUCAGUGGAGAAAUACAACCCUGAAGAUGGCAGCUGGUCCAUAUGUGGCCACAUGUCCACUCCCAGAGAGAAUGCGGGCUGCGCCGUGUACCUGGGACACAUCUACGUGGGCGGGGGCAGAGACGACCUGGGUUUGAACCUGUGCACGGUGGAGCGCUUCAACCCGGACACCAUCAGGUGGACUCCCGUCAAGCGCCUGCGGAGCAAGAGGGACAACGCGUCCCUGGUGGUCUAUGACGGAGCUCUGCUGGCCGCCGGGGGCUCCGAUGGUGUGACCGAUUUAAAAACAAUCGAAAUUUACAAUCAUGAGAGCAGCACAUGGAGACACUUUGGAAGCAUGAAGCACAAACAUCCAGGAGGCAGAAUGGCCGUGCUCUGCUGAGCACCAACAAUGCAGCCGGAACUACGUGAGGGAGAGAACAUGGCCUAAUGGAUGUCUGCGUCUCACACCGUGAAUGACACACUUCAGCCCAGCAGCAUAAUGACUCACUAAUUGAAGGGUUUGCUCCAAAAAUGAGCAACAUUAGUAAACUGCUGCUUCACAAUAACUCCACACGUUAAAUUAAAAGACAUUACAGGCUGAAAGCUUUCCUUUUGCUAUUUUUACCACCCCUGCUUGCAUAGAGAAGAAGGGUCUUCUAGAGGUCCAUACAUACAUACAUAGUGUACAUACAUAUACAUAUAUACAUACAUACACACAUGCAUACUGUACAUAUACAUAUACAUAUAUACAUACAUACAUACAUACAUACAUACAAACCCCAAAACCAGUGAAGUUGUCACGUUGUGUAAAUGGUAAAUAAA